AUGACUGACAAUUUAGCUUCAGAUGCUACAAGCUUUAAGUUCUCUGAUCAUUUAAUCUCCACAGAAACAGAGCUGAAGAUUUCCCAGUCUCUCCUGGUGGCUCCAACAAGCUUUUCAACAAAGCUGGUGGAUACAUUAGGCGCCAAACCUAUCGAAGAACAGAGGAAUGAACGGGUCGAGAUAUCGAUUUCCGCUAUCCAGACUCAGACGAAACAAGAUGGAUUGACGCAGGUCAAUCUUGAGGAGAUUUCAACAUCUUCUAAAAGCAACGACAAUGACAACGGGAUAUUUGGACACGAAUAA